AAACUGAUUAAAGAACAGAAACUGAAACGGGGAUGAUUAUCAUCUUUUGUUGUAAUCUUCUGGGUUUGAGAUUUAACUUCUAAACAAUAGUAGUUAUAGUACUAACUUCACUUCAACGUUUUGUACUUCAAGUAAUUUUUUUUCUUUUCUUUUACUACAUUUUCUUGGUACAAAUAUAAUUCCUGUCCAUUUCCUUAUAUAAUUGGAGGCUCUGGUAGAGUUCAAUUACUCUUUAAUUUGCAUGCAGUAACCUUCUUUAUGCUAAUAUUAUUCUGUCUUUAUGCUUGUUAGCCGGAAUCUUGAUCGAUUUAUUAUACUAUGUUUUGCUCUCCCACUUCGACAAAGUUUCUUGUUUUUUUAUUGGAUUUUUUUAGUUGCUUCUCAUGCGUGAUAAUUUUCCGCAAUUUGCUUAGUGGGUUUGAUUAGAUCUAUGAAGCUGGUUUAUUUGUGUCUUUUAUGCGUUAAUUUUUGUGUUCAUUGUCAGUAUUUUUUGUUCAGAUAAUUUGGUCCUCUGAUUUUUCUUUUGAGAUUCUCUGAAUUUGGCCCUUGCUUUAUAUUAUCGAAGAUAUUUUUUUUUUUCAUUCCUUUAAAUUUAUCAUUUCCUUUUCAUAUCUACUGAAUUACCCUUUUUAGAAAGUUCUAAAUGCAUCAUUUCUUGUUCUUCAAUCGAUUGUAUUAUGCGUUAUUGACAAGCGAACGGUAGUUUUUCACCUUUGAUUAUGCAAUUUAGGAUGGAAGGCGAAAGUGAUUUUCGAAAUUGGGAUGAGCUAAUACCAGAUGCUCUUGGACUAAUCUUUAAACACCUAUCACUCCAGGAGGUACUAACAGUAAUCCCUCGGGUUUGCAAAUCAUGGGGAAAAGCAGUAUCAGGACCAUAUUGUUGGCAAGAGAUUGAUAUUGAAGAAUGGAGCAAUCGGUGCCAGCCUGACCAUAUUGAUCGGAUGCUUCAAAUGUUGAUCACAAGAAGUUCUGGAUCUCUCCGCAAGCUCUGUGUUUCUGGCCUGCAAAAUGACAUUAUGUUUGCCUUUAUUGCAGAAAAUGCUGGUUCCCUUCAUACAUUGCGCCUACCAAGAAGUGAGAUGAGUGAUUCUGUUGCUGAACAGAUUGCUGGAAGGCUUUCAGCCAUCACUUUUCUGGAUUUGAGCUACUGCAACAAAAUUGGUGCUCAUGCUUUAGAGGCCAUAGGAAAGAACUGUAAAUUGCUGGUGGGCUUGUGCCGGAACAUGCACCCAUUAGUGACAGGAAAGCUCACGCAAGAUGAUGAGGCUAAUGCCAUUUCUGCAACAAUGCCUAAGCUUAGGCGUCUUGAGAUGGCUUACCACGAUCUUAGCACUGAAAGUGUUGUAAAUAUCCUUUGUAGCUGCUCUCAGCUAGAAUUUUUAGAUUUGAGAGGGUGUUGGGGUGUCAAACUUGAUGACAAGUUCAUCAAAGGGAAGUUCCCAAACUUGAAGAUUUUGGGACCCAUUAUCAAGGAUUGCUAUGAGAUCAAUGAUUGGGAUGAUUGUUCUGAUUACACAGAUAGUUCUGAGUACUUGGCCUGGGAAUUCCUAGCUGGUGGAAUGGGUGAUUACGAUGAUGACGACGACGACGAUGAAAUCUACAACGGAAUGUGGGAUGAUGAAGGAAGGCUGGAGGAGCUUGAGCUAAGAUUCUAUGAUGGAAUUGUUGAAGAUGCAGGAGUCUAUGGCUGGCCUCCAUCACCUUAGGUUCUGUGUUUCUUCCCUGUUGUUUAUCUUGGAACUACUACUAUAUGCUCUAAAUGUAGUGUAUGUUUCAAUAGGAAUGAACUUAUUGUGGAUUGUAUCUCUUCUUUUAUGCCUAAUAUAAGUUCCAAGUGAAGGGUUCCUUGUAUAGAGUCUGCAUUGUCCUGAGUGUAUUUUUGUUGAUGAUUAACAAGUACAAUAUUACAUGUGUACAUUUUUUAGUACAUAAUUAGGUAUACAAAUAAUGUGUUUUCAUGC